AUGGCACUGAUGUAUGAUUUACUGUUUACUGCCUUCGAGUUCUCCGAUGUCUUUCAGCCUAAUGUCUCAUUGGAAGCGCCCCCACAUACCUUGGAUGUCACUUUAAGUGCGACCGGCAAUGAGGUCUACACUAUCCAUCAUAUUGAAAAUGAGCAAGUCUCUCUGGCUGCAAAAAAGGGACAAUCCGAUGGUGAUGAGUUGGAUAUCACGACUGGAAAUUGUAGGGUUACCCUCGCUAUAUCAGAGAAAGAGGGGACCGAUGAGGAUGACGAAGGAGAAUACAAGAAAUCAGUCGGCGCACAAAUUGGUGACGGUGCCGGUCUUCGUUUGUCCUUUGCUAUUUUUGUUAUAUGGGCUUUCUUCUGUUGA